GAGUACCAGAAGAUGCGUCAGUAAGGAUAGGUCCACAAGAGUGAAAGUUAUGAAUGAAAUGCAUUGAUAUCCUCCUCCUCACCCUGAUCUCUAAUAGACUUCCUAUAGCCCUUGGAAGGAGAGGGUCAGGGGAAAAGGUUGAAGGUCACCAUGAAGUUAAAGCAGCGAGUGGUGCUGCUGGCCAUUCUCCUUGUCAUCUUCAUUUUCACAAAAGUUUUCCUCAUUGACAACUUGGACACUUCAGCUGCCAACCGGGAGGAUCAGCGUGCCUUUCACCGCAUGAUGGCAAGUCUACGAGUGGAGCUAGAUCCGCGACUUGAUCAUACGCUGCAGUCCCCUUGGGAGAUUGCUGCCCAGUGGGUGGUACCACGGGAAGUGUACCCUGAGGAGACACCAGAGCUAGGGGCUGUUAUGCAUGCCAUGGCUACCAAGAAAAUUAUAAAAGCAGAUGUGGGCUACAAAGGGACCCAGCUGAAAGCUUUGCUAAUACUUGAAGGGGGACAGAAAGUGGUCUUCAAACCUAAGAGAUAUGCCAGAGACUAUGUAGUAGAAGGAGAGCCAUAUGCUGGAUAUGACAGACACAAUGCGGAGGUGGCAGCCUUUCACUUGGACAGAAUUCUGGGUUUUCGGCGUGCUCCAUUGGUGAUUGGCAGGUUUGUGAAUCUACGUACAGAGAUCAAACCAGUUGCAACAGAGCAGUUGCUGAGUACCUUCCUGACACUGGGUAACAGUACAUGUUUCUAUGGGAAGUGCUACUAUUGUCGAGAAACAGAACCAGCUUGUGCUGAUGGAGACACCAUGGAGGGGUCAGUCACACUAUGGCUGCCAGAUGUCUGGCCUCUUCAGAAGCACCGGCAUCCUUGGGGAAGGACUUACCGUGAAGGCAAACUGGCCAGGUGGGAGUAUGAUGAGAGCUACUGUGAUGCAGUGAAGAAGACCUCACCUUAUGACUCUGGCCCCCGCCUCCUUGAUAUCAUUGACACAGCCGUCUUUGAUUAUUUGAUUGGGAAUGCUGACCGACAUCACUACGAGAGCUUCCAGGAUGAUGAAGGGGCCAGUAUGCUUAUCCUUCUGGACAAUGCCAAAAGUUUUGGAAACCCUUCCCUGGAUGAGAGAAGCAUCCUAGCUCCUCUUUAUCAGUGCUGCAUCAUCCGGGUUUCCACCUGGAACAGACUGAACUACCUGAAGAAUGGAGUGCUGAAGUCUGCCUUAAAGACUGCCAUGUCUCAUGACCCCAUCUCACCAGUGCUUUCUGACCCUCAUUUGGAUGCCAUGGACCAGCGGCUCCUGAGCAUCCUGGCUACAGUAAAACAGUGCACAGACCAAUUUGGGCCGGACAUUGUGCUGGUGGAAGACAGGAUGACACUCUCCCAUUUGUAACUGUCAUGGAAGCCAGAUGAAACUUAAAAAAAAAAAAAAGAUAGAAAAACAGCACAAUCGGAUCUAAAUGGCUGUACCCAGGAUGGACUGGAAAUGAAGGGAAAGCUCAUGACCCAGGGAAAAAGAUGGUGGUGGUGGAGGUCUGUCUUUGGCUAACAGCAGAGCGAGAAUGCAGAGAAUUUGAGCGCCCUUGGACAGCCCUGUAGCCACAAUGGCAGCUUCGCCAUUAUGGUGUCCAUUGCUGCCUGUGAAUGUUGCACUGGGAAAAUACAACUGCUGGUGUUAAUGGAAAAAGUGUGUGGAAUUCAGAGAUUAGUAUGUGGGCUGGUUCUAGAGGGGACAAAGGAGAUGGAAUAUCCCCAGUCCUCUCCCCUUUCUCGUUCCUCAGCCACCCACUCUAUAUGCUAUUAGGAGGUUUCAAUCCUAUUCAGGGUUGUAUAUAAUCAGCUAUGAGCUGAUUAGGCAUUUUACUGCCUCUUUUAAAAAAAAAAAAAAAAAAAGAGGAAGUGGUAAAUAAAAUAGUAAGUACCCCCUAAUGCCCCCAUGUGGGAUAGAAUGUUCUUGCCAACACCAUUAAGAGUGAGAGAUGGUGUAUUUGCUCUCCAGCUGUCUUUUUGUUACUAAGAUGCUGGAAAGAGGGGUCUGCUUCAUAUGUGAUGAUGCUUCAGUGUUAUCAUUGAAGUGCUAGUGAAAGUUCAUCCAUGCAGUUGGAAGGUGAGGAGACGACAGGAUUUUUUUACAGUACCAAGGUCUAUCCUAUGCCUGCCAAUUAAUAUAUGCUCCUCCAGAACAUGGACCAUUACUGCUUUCUGUACAUAGGGAAUAUAGCAGUCUGAGCAGAGCAGAUAUCCCCAUGACUGUCCAUAUUAACCAAAUUAUCUUAGCUGAGAAGCAGGAUAAAAUCGGUAGAAGGCCAGACAUUUGCUUUUGUGGUGGAGUUCUUACGCUGAGAGCAGCUUCAGUUGGCCUUCCUUUUCCCAACUGCUCCGCUAUAAUUCAUGCUGUGAUAUACUGACUUUUUGGCGGUUGUCAUGGAAUUCUACCAUUCUUGUGUUAGUUUGAGGGCAUUUAUUUUGUAUGGCACACUUGAUGUUCAUGAAAAAUAGGUCCUGUCUAAGAGGGUAUGAUGGAGGAGUGCUAUGCACAUUUUCCUGUGCAUUUGUCCAUGCACCUCAAAUUUGAUUUGUAGGAUUCCUCUUUGGUCUUGUCAUCGUCUAGCAGAUAUUUCAAACUAUUAUAGAUUAGCUGGAGACUACAAAAUUCAUCCUUUCUGAUAAAUUGGUUAUUUAAAUUCAGGGCUCCAGAACAAUAGAUGAUUUUUUUCAGUACAUGCCCCCAUAUACUGAUCUUGCAUCAGUUUGAUGUAUGUAGCUAAUAUGAUACACAAAAAAGAUGAAUAAUUUUACUCAAACUUCCACCUAAAAUAGUAAGGUUGGGGAAUGCUUAUGUAAGCUGCUCUUUAGAUCAUACAAGACACAGAGAAGCAAUUUGAUCUCCAUUUCUGUGCUUCUUGGUCCUCCUACAAUGUGUUUAUUUCUUUGUUUAAAUUUGUUGAGAUUGCCACUUUAAGGAAUAAGAAUCUUUUUGGCUUUGCCAUGGUGUGGCUGGCAAUUGCAGAUUGUCCUUUCUGUUGCAGGUGUGGACCCUAAUGAAAUGCAGCAAGAUACUUUUUAUUUUAAUUCUAACUCAGUAUUCUGGCUACGGCAGCAGGUGCAUCAGCUAAUCUAACAUCUAUAAGUAGAGGAGAUUACUUUGAAAAUGCAAUUGGUUUUAUUCAAGGUAGGAGUGUUUACACAAACUGUCUUGGGGAAGUGAAGAUUCAGUUAAUGUUAGGUAUCAUCAGGCAUUAGCCUUUUACUUCAGGGGAGCUGGACUCACACUGGGACUAGAGCGUAAGUGAAAGUGUCUGUUCUUGUUCUAGUUCCCCUCUGGACCAUCAUCCAUGCCACAAACCUGCUAAACAGGUAGACUUAGUACUGGAAUAGUAAUGGGUGCUACAGGAAAGGAUGGAAGUGUGUUGACAGCUGUGAAGGAUUACAAAAAAUUCUAUUGGCAGCAUACCUGACUUUAAACAAGGGAUGUGAAAGUUUAACCAUUUACACGGUUAAACAAUGAGCCUGGAUUCAUUAGUUAAUGUGCAUGGUAGCAUGCAGCCUGCAUCAAAGACAGCAGUGCGGGGACGGGGAGCAGGAGCCAGUGUGCUUGGGGAGCUGACUUUAAACCAGCUUCUUGCACACACUGGCUCCCACCGCCCUCCACUGAAAUUUUUGGUUACACAGUUACAUAAUUAAGUGCAUUUUAACACCCCUACUUUAAACUAGUAGCUAUCAUUCCACUUUCACAAGCACUGAAUUCACUUUUCGAAGGCAAGCUUUAUUUAUAGUAACUUCUUUCCUACUGGGUGUGAACUGUUCCUCCUAGCUCUGAUCAGAGCAGAACUGCUUCAGCAUGAACUAACUUAUAGUGAGUCUGGGUUGGAGUGUUCGCUCUUCUUUAUCCAUCUUUGACGGACCUCUUCUGCCACCCUGACUCAGUAAUACCUUAUUCUGUGAGUAGUCUUACUGAUUUCAGUGGAGCUGCUUGUGGAGUAAUGUACCACUUGGAAUGAGUGAAAAACAGAAUUAAGCUUUGUUAGUGUGCAUUGGCAUUUACUGUGAAACUGAAGAUAACUUAGUCAAGGAGGAUAGAAGAAUGAUGGUGUGGCUUGUACAGUCUCAUGAUUCUGUUCUUUCUUCUGGUUUGAAACAUAAGCCAUGACUCUUGAUGGUGCAGGAAAACUCAGCUAUGUUGGGUGGGAUUGGGAUUUUAAUUUACAGUUGCUCAUUCUCAUUUGGUUGUGGGUUUUUGUUUAAAAUUGUGAUUUGACCAUGAAAUGAAAUUAGUGAAAAGAGCUUGCAGUUUACUUUCUCUCUGGCUUCCAGCUUAGCCCUUUGCAGUGAGUUGAUUUACUAACCUGCUUUCCUGCACUGUGACUGCCAGACAAUUAAAGCACUGUGUCUUGGUCAACAAUAAAUGGGAAAGGGGUGAUUAAGCAAAUUUGGAGGGGUAGAAGCAGGAAAUACAGGGAUGUUCUUAAGACGUUACCUGUGAGGGUCAUUGGAAGAGCCUGCUCAGGGCUGGAUAUGAAGCUUGCAGAGUGAAACACAGUGUCAGUUACCUAAAACUAGGAUGACCAACUUGUUGCUUGCAGGUCAGGUUUUAGCUCAGUGUUACAUUGUCAUUGUGGCUGUGAGGAUUCUUUUCCCUUUCUUCAAUAGGCUGAAAUUUUUGACCACAGCCAAUGGGUAUCCUAAAAUAGAAAAAAAAAUGGCAUCCAUCUGUCAUUGGGGUCUGUCAUAUGUCUUUAAAAUGGCAUCCCUCAUUUUUAAGAUAUGAUAGGUACUGAUAUUGAGAUUUUCAUGGUGUCCUCUUAUUCCAAUUGUCACAAUCUACAGAGACACAUGCAGUAAAUGACUGGCCCAGAUGUUACCGAGAUCAUUCUGGGGAUUUUUUAAUAGUCAUGGUGUGAAAAUCAAGAACUAAUUAAGUAGAGCUUCAUCAGCUUGCUGUUGUUUAUCUCCUGCGUGAGUCAGCAAACGGUGGAGGAAACACUCUCUAAUUUGCUCUUCUAUCAGCAUGUAAAUGAACUGAAGUGUGUAUUGCCAAACAAACUUCAAUCAAAAAUUAAUAAUUUAUUAAGACGGUAACUUGUUUGCUGUGGCAGCUGGAGCUGGAAACAAACACCUAUCUUGGAACUGCCAGAGGAUUGCCCCAGGGAGCAGCUGCACAAAUGGAGGUUGUUAGUAAGAGGAGAAAACAAAUGCAAUCCCAACUUUCUACUUGUGUUCCCCAGGGUCAGACUCUGCCUAAAGAAACAUUGUGUGAAUAAAAAUUUUAAUAAAACAUU